AUGAAUAAUAAAAAGAUAGAUUGGAGAGAUCUCUCAAAUGAAGAAAAAGAGAGAAUUAAAUUACAAAGUAAAAAACAUUUAAAAAAGAUACAACUAUUAUUAUUAACACCUAUAUUCAUUCGAAAACAUAUAAAGAAAGAAGUAUGUGAUAAACUUGUUUGUAAUACAUGCCCAGAUGAAAAGUUUACAUCAAUUUCAAUGUAUAGGCUACAUUUAGAGUCAAAGAGACAUUUGAGAAGAUUUAAACGGUCAGCGGUUGCCGAUACUUGGGAUUGUAAGAUAUGCAAUCUACCAUUACCAAAUGAAUCAGAAUGGGUAAUAAAAUAA